CUUCCUCUUCCUCCCUCUCUAAAUCCAAAACCCUAACCCCAGACCAAAACCUGAAGUCAGUAAUAGGACGAUGAGCUCUCUCCUCCGAUCCGGCCAGCGCCUCGUCUCCCCUAAACCCCCGAACCCGCUCCGAAUCCUCCGCCGCCUCUCUGCGGCGGCGAAGGACGCCGCCACCGCCGCCGCCGAGCUCGAGCCCUUCGACCAGCGGAAGCUCCCCACGAGCUAUGAACCCGCCACAUUCGACCCCUCGGCCCCGGCGAACCCCCCCACCGACCGGGUGUGGCGCCUCGUCGACGAGGUCUCCGCCCUAACCCUCUCCGAGGUGGCCGAGCUCACAUCCAUCCUCGUCCGCCGCGCCGGAUUGCCGGAGCCCCCUGCGGUCGGUAUCAUGAACGCCGGGGCCGGCGGGGGCGGGAUCUCCGGCGCGGCGGCGGCCGGGGCCGGGGGAGCGCAGGGGAAGGAGGAGAAGAAGCAGGAGAAGACGGUGUUCGAGCUGCGGCUGGAGGCGUUUGACGCCGCCUCCAAGAUCAAGGUGAUCAAGGAGGUGCGCGGGUUCACGGACCUCGGGCUCAAGGAGGCCAAGGAUUUGGUGGAGAAGACGCCGGCGGUGAUCAAGAGAGGGGUCUCGAAAGAGGAGGCGGAGCAGAUCAUCGAGAAGAUGAAGGCCGUCGGGGCGAAGGUUGUCAUGGAGUGAUGAACAAAGAAGAGGAUGAAUGUAAACAUGAAAUAUUGCAUGCAAUCAAAUCCUAUUGUUAAAAGGUUUAUCUAAUGCAAGUUGAAUGCGACAUAGCAGGACCCACAACCCGGACUUGGAAAGAAAAAGAAAAAAAAGAAAAUAGUUCUAGAACAAAAAACAAAGAAAAGGCUGAUAGAUGACACGAAAUUAAAAUUAAUUAAGAAAUUGGGGAUGAUCGAUUAACAUGUUUAGGCUUCGUAGGCAAUAUUAGCAACUCCAAACCGAAAUAGGACCGCCUGGUCUUAAUCGAUCGUAUCCAAGCCUCUCCUUGGGCACCAUCUAUGGACACAAAGCAAAGGAUGGUUAUUUUAAGGGAAAGGGGUUGCGGAGAGGGAGAAUAAAUAAGGGAAUUGAGAUAUGAUAAAUAGAAGGACAAAAAGGAAAAACUAUUGUGCUCGGUGGACAAGCUAGAUGGCAUCGAUUUAAUCAUUGACAUCGAAAUGAUGGCUCGGGCGCAUCAAUCGGUAGUGGCGAGGCAAGACUGUGGUGGAGAUGUCUGCAGGCAGCAAUGGGGUCACAACAGGGUGGCGGUGUUGGAGGCAGAAGGGAGCUGCGACUCCAGGUGACGGUUGCUGCGGCGGCAGAGAUGAAGUCGAUGGUGGGUGACGGUGGUGGCGAUGGAUGCAGGCGGCAAGGGGAAAAAAAGAUAAAGGGACUCGCUCCCUAUGGACUCAUUCCAGUCGACACAUAAAUGUGAAGGAAAUUGGAGAACAGAUCUCAAUAGCUAUAAUAAUAUCCAUCUUCAUUAUUUUAUUCGUUCCAUACAUAGACUUGUUUAAAGAUCUUUCCUAACAAAAUAAAAAAUCUCACAAUAAAUCUCAACCUAUCUUAACAGAAUAACGAAAAUUUCAACUUACCAAAAGAAAUAGAUUUUAAAACAAAAUCACAUAAUCCUAGAUACUUCUAGAAACUAAUGGGUGUGAUUCAAUCAGAACCCAGUCCGGAUUGAUUGGGCCACAUGCUCAAGUUGCGUUUGGGGCGUCAACGACAUUCGUACACCCGAAAGGGGACCCAGGCCGCAUCCAGUCCGCAUCACUUGGUGGCUAAACAUCAAAAGAGAGAUUUACUCAUAUAAAUAGCUUGUUUCACUAGUUUAUAGCAUUAGGAAUGCUAUAUAUUUUAUAUUUUGGAAAUUGGAUUGGCAAGAUUAUCAUCAUGCCGCUUGGGUUGGGAGGGUGUAAGGAACUAGUAUAUUAUUUCUUAUGCAAUACUCAUUCCCAUGAAGUAUGGAACUGAUAAACCCCCUCAACCAUGGUAUUGUCGUAUGCCUACUAGGUGGCUUUCUUAGGAUGAUGCCAUCAAUUUCACCUAAACCUCAAUUACAUCUUCCUGACUUGAGUCGCAUGGCUGCGAUUUGAGUAUCUUGAAUAGUUGAGGAUUUCCAGAACAUUAUGAACAGGUGAAACAAACGGCCCCAUGGAGGAAUGUUUCGAUUUUGAACACUUGAUGCUUGUUUUGUGGUGCUGCUAAUUUUUAUUUUGCCCAAUGAAGAAACCUAGGAGUGGUUACCGGUCUGGUUUAAGACUGGCAGAUGGGGAUAACAGAAAAACCGUAAAUAUUGAAAAUGCUCUAUUUCAUGUCAAGUUCUAUUCUCUAUUGAUGGAGUGGAGGGGUUGGUGAAUCUGAAGUCCAAUGUACAGUUUAGCAAAAAAAAAAAGAUGUCAAACAUACAAUUUCCAAACAACCCCAAUGACCAGUGUUGUCAAGUGUUAUUAAAAAAGGUUUAUGGUUUUUCUUGUAAAAUCUAUUGUGAGCAUCCUUCAAUGCACAGUCAGAGUAUCAUAUUUAUUAUUUUCUUAAUUAUGUCAUUUUUACAAUUUUGCGCAUUUACACUUUAUAUAGAGACAUUUCUUUAUUGAGUUUUAACCCUCUGACAGAGAACAGUCGAAAGUCUACUAAACAGUACCCUUGGUUACUUCAUGUGUAUAUGAAGUUUACAAUGAGAAAUUAUAAUAAAGGGCUAAAGGUUAGAACUACUAAGCAGCAGUUUUAUAUUCAUCAAUAAGAUAACUUUUAGGCGUUUUUGUGUAAGAAAAACUGAGAGCUAAAACCUUCCCGCUUUACUGGAAACUAUCCUGAGAAUUAUAUAAAACAAUGUAAUGUUAGAGAUCAUGUAGGAAUUGCCUAAAAGAUCGAUGCCUUUGUGACGUUAGCAGCCAACUUGUAGCUAUGCUUGGUAUUUUGUGUUUUAUAUAUCAUCUUUUAGGAUUUUAUAAAUUAUAUACUCUGAGGUACUAUGUAGCUAUUUUAAUCUAACUUUUUUAACUGUAACUUGUCUAACAAAUGAUAGCAGACAUUUUCGUAAAGUAACACUAACUGCCAAUGUUAUACAUAAUUAGAAACUUUGCCACUUAUUAUCCUCUGUCACAUUUGUAACAAAUGCUUUCCAUUUAUAAAGUAGUAGAAGAGGCAUAAUAUUGGACAUAAUCCAUGAUUGCACCACCUUUCUCCUUCCGGUGCAUCAUGAAUAUAGCGUUGAUUAACACAUAUAUUAAAAAUUGAUGUCGUGAGGAUGCAUUGAAGAGUUAAGCUAAUUCAUCCAUUUUUUUGCGUAUUACAAUUACAAUCUUUUAUCUCAUGAGAUUUAUCUUAUGACGCAAACGAUACAAAAAUCAACAAAUAUAGUGAAGAUUGAUAAUAAUAAUAAUAUCAAUAAUUUCUGAGCUGGUUGGCGUGAUGUUUUCGUGCCAACUAUGGCAUGCGUGCUGAGAAAUAAGAGGAUUUGGGGUUCCAGACUCUGCAGCCAUGCUAAAUGUUGAUGUAUACCCUGUCUCUGCUCUUACCGUGUAUAUUCUGCAUACAGUCAAUCUGCACUAUGGUUUACCAUUGCUGCUAAAACCAUGAUAAAUACCACUACUUUAUAGAGUGAUGCAUUCUUUGGCACCUAUAAUAUAUACACCUGGAUAUGUGUUUAAGAUCACUUAGAGCGCAUCAACAUGUCUCAUAGAGAUAGCCGUCUCAUAUCGUGCAAUUUAAGGAUAUGAAGUUUGUUCAGUUAACAUGUUAAUGAUUAUCUACUCAAGUACUUAAUCCUCAUUCUGGCCAAAUGCACGUGCAAUGAACAUUGCAUAUAAAAAAAUUUAGCAACAUGCUUUUCAAAAUAAAAAAAUUGUUUAAAAUCAGAUGAGACGUAACAUAAGUUGCUCUAGCAAGAAUGACUCCAGUAAAAAUUACAAUUUGAAUUCUUGUUUGUGGUUUAAGGGCACUACAGAUAAAUAAACAUAUGAUGGAAAAAAGAAAUAACUACAUAUGAAUUAUAAAUAUUAUAUGUAGGCCCUAAAGAUAAAUAUAUAUGAUGAAAAAAAAAUCUCAGAUAUGAAUUAUAAAUAUCAUUAGUAAUAUCUCUAUAUGUUUAAUACUAUUUGUAUAAAAAAUAUUUUAAAUUAAAAUAUAUGAAGGUCCCCUGAACUAUUUGACAUUCUAAUGUAUACCCCUCAACUUAAAUUUGUGGUAACAUUCUUUAACUUCUAUAUUUUUACUUAAUUUUAAUGCCAUAAUUAGUACAAAAUAUCUUAUAAAUUUUAGUAGUAUUAACUAUUAAUUUGGCUAACAUUUUUAUUUAUUUGGCUAAAAUUAUUUAAUUCUGAAAAUACAAAUGUUUGAAGAGUGCUCAUGGAGAGGAAAAAAGAAAAAUUUGGGAGCUAGUUCAAAAUGGCCUGCACUUUAAGGGGUACGCAAAUAUUUUUAGCUUACUUUUCUAUGAGUGAUAAGCUUCCCCGCGAGGGAGAGAGGGAGAGAGAGAGAGAGAGAGAGGGAGAGAGGGAUCUCAAAGGUCAAGAUUACUUGGCUUGUGAAUCAAAGGAGUCUUACUGGUGCAACAGAAGGUAGUGGGAUCCACAUAUAGAUUUUCUUUUUUUUUUGGGAAAUGAAGACUUCCUUUAGUAUAUAACAAUAUUUAAACAAUAAGGAAAAUAUGGUCAUAAAAUUUGAUGGAUACUCUCAUUUUUAUGUCCAACACUUAAAUCAAAUGGCACAAGAUAAAUCAUUUAAAAUUUAUGGUUGAGAUUUAUUGGAUAAGAGUAGCAUUAUUAAAGAGGAUAGUGGCAUUUUUGGAAAAGAAAUGUCAACAAAACUCCCUCUUUUAUAAGUCGUUUAGAUUUGAUAUAUUUAUGACUUUUUUAUUUAUUUUGGAUUAUUAUUUUUUAAUACUAAAAUACUUUUGUUAAUCAAGUUAACAAAAACUUUCAUGUGUUGUGUGUUUAUUACUGGUGUAAUUUUUCUGUUGUGUUUGUAAAAUUUUUUUUGAUGAUUAUGUGUGGUUCUCAAUUAUCAAUUAUUUGUGAUUGUUUUUGUUAAUUAUGUUGUGAUAGUUAGUCCUUCUAUAUUUAUCUCAUUAUUUAACAGCCAUUGUACCAUAUGUUGAUUCUAAAUAGGUUUUUAACAAUUGUAUGGUUGAAACUGCAAAUAUGCAUAUGCAGUCACAUAUUGUGAUGUGCAACCUAGUUGGUUGACUACCCGCAGAGUUCUGAAAGAACUAAGAAUAACGACAAACAUUGAAAUUAGCAAUUGUAUAAUAUUUACUUGUUAUAGAUGCACAACAGAGAGGGAGGGAGCGAGCAAGCGAGCGAGAGUAUAAUAUAUUGUACGGUAUUCUGCACGACAUUUGUUCUCAACAAAGAUGAGUUAAGAAUGUAAUGUUGCAGUUAAUGUGGGGAUGACAGGUAUCAGACAGAUGACAACAGAAUUAGCCAUUUGAGUGAAAUCCUCAGCUUUACCAUAUGUUGAAGCGGAUACAAGCUUUCUUCUUUUGACAAUAGGCAGUUGAUUGCCAGUUUGUAUGGUUUUCGUUGUCUGUUUUUUUUUUUCAGACGUACGCUGUAAUUUACACAAAGGAAGACAGAAUUAUGGCUGCAGACGGGGUCUGAGGAGAUCUGGAAGGUCUAUUUCACCAGCUUCAUGUGGCUUAUUGCUUGAUUCCAGAGUUUCAGAGAAACCAAGAUAAUGACGUAUUAAUGGGAUUCGGCAAACCUUUUUGUUUUUCCGAUUUUUAUUUGUUUGAUUUGGAGGGGCUGCAGUAUGCUGCUCAAAUCUCAUCUGUGCUUUCAUCUGUCCUAUUUAUUGUGUUGCCCUCUUGUAAUCUGAAAUGAGAAAAUUUUUAGCUCUUUGCGGAGCGAAAAGUUUCUUGUUAAUUUUCAUUACAAGAUUGAAAGCCAGUAUUUUCUUUUCUUUCUUCAUAUUUGUUUUUGCGCGGGACUUGUCCCAAAGAAAAUUUUUUUUUCUUCUUCCCACUC